AUGUCAACAUUAAUCAUACUAAUUUCAUUGAUUAUAAUCACACAAGCAAAAACAUUACCAAGUGAUUUUAUGUUAUUAGGUUUAACACCAACAACUCAAUUAAUUAAAGGUUUAACAUGUCAAUCUUAUCGUUCAUUUAUUGGAGAAAAUACAGAUUAUUUAUGUUCAAAAAUUCCUCAUUUACAUAUUAUUCUUUAUGAAUCAAAUAUUCAAACUCAUCAACAAUGUCAAUAUCAUUUUCGUCAUCAUCCAUGGGGUUGUCAAUUAAGUUCAAAAAUUAUUUCAUUAAGAAGAUUUUUACGACAAGCAUCAAAAGAAGCUUCAUUUUAUACAACAUUAGCAAGUGCAACAUUAACAUUGAAUUUAAUCAAUGCUUGUAUUAAAGGUCAAAUUAAUGAUACAAAUUGUUUAUGUUUAAAUAAUCGACAAUUAUGUCAAACAGAUCCAAAUAUUGCUUUUCAAUUAUCAUAUUUAAUAACAGAUGGUUUAAAUAUGUCAAAAAUAUUUCAUGAAAAAUUUUUAUAUAAACUUAAUCAAGCUAAUAAAGAACUUGGCCGACAGAUUGUUAAAAAUAUGAUGUAUAAUGAAUGUCAUUGUCAUGGUGUUAGUGGUUCAUGUGAAUUACAAAUUUGUCGAUUACGACCAGCUAAAUUAACUGAUAUUAGUUAUGAAAUAUAUUUUAAUAUAUAUAAAAAUGCUCGUUAUAUACAAUCAAUUGAUUAUAUUAAAUUUCAAGAAAAGAAAAAUGAAUUAUUUUAUGCACGAAAAUCAAUAAAUUAUUGUUAUUCAAAUUCAUUUAUUGAUUAUCAAAAUAUACAAAAAGGUCGAGAAUGUUUUAAUGAUGAAAUAUGUAAACAAGUUUGUUGUAAUCGUGGUUAUGAAAUUUUAACUGAAAUGAAAUUAAUUGAAAAUUGUCAUUGUUUUUUUUCAUGGCAUAUUGUUAAUAUUGAAUGUAAACCAUGUCAAAAAAAAAUUACACGAAUGAUUUGUACAUAA